AUGCAAAUCUUCGUCAAAACAUUAACUGGAAAGACAAUCACACUUGAGGUCGAGGCCUCGGACACCAUUGACAAUGUCAAGUCCAAGAUCCAAGAUAAGGAAGGUAUUCCACCUGACCAGCAGAGAUUGAUCUUUGCCGGUAAGCAGUUGGAGGAUGGCAGAACGUUGUCCGACUACAACAUCCAGAAGGAGUCUACUUUGCACUUGGUGCUCAGAUUGAGAGGUGGUAUGCAAAUC